GGUUAUUGUUUCGGUUUGUCAUCUGACUUUUUGUUUCUUUUUUCUUCCUGGCAAUUAGUUAAUUGUUCUUAAUUUUUUACUCUUUAUUUUGAAUAAAAUGGCUUCUAUUCAAUUGGCAUUAGACUGGGAAAAAGAUGAUUAUGGUUUAGAGAAAAAUUCAUGUCCAAGUCACUUGGACAGUUUAAUUCCCGAUUGGAUAAAAACACCUUUAUCUACUGGUACUACGUUAUUGGCUGCAGAAUAUGACGGUGGGGUUUACAUUGGUGCUGAUACUAGAACUUCAACUGGAGCUUAUGUUGCUGCUCGGUAUUCUGAUAAGUUAACCUACAUCACUGAUCAAAUUUACUGCUGUCGAUCUGGUUCUGCUGCAGACACUCAAGCGAUCGCUGAGAUCGUCAAAUAUCAUCUUUCAUUCUAUGAAAUGGAGGUUGGAGAGCCUGCACCCGUCAAAGUUGCCGCUAACAUUUUCAGAGAUCUUUGCUAUCAAUAUCGAGAUCAAUUAACGGCUGGUAUCAUCGUUGCUGGUUGGGAUAAGAGAGAAAAGGGCCAGAUUUACAUGGUUCCUUUGGGUGGUAUGUUAUUGCGAUUACCCGUAGCAAUGGGUGGAUCUGGUAGUUCUUACAUUGUUGGACAUGUUGAUGGUACUUACAAACCCAAAAUGUCCAAAGAAGAAUGUCGCAAAUUCAUCAUUGAAAGUAUUACCCAUGCGAUCAACAGAGAUGGUUCCAGUGGUGGAUGUGUACGUUUGGCUAAUAUUUCUGAGAGUGGAGUUGAGCGUGAAGAUAUUGAAUUCAAUAAUUUACCUCGUUUCCAAGAUAUUUAAUAUUUUCUAAGUGUUUAAUCAAAAUUUCAAGUAAAUCCAACUACUUGGAUGAAUAAAUGAUAAUUACUUAUGAGCA